CGCGACGCCUGCGUCGGACGGCUCAGUAGUCGGCGAGCCGUGCUGGACGACGGACGUCGGUCGUAUCGUCGAGCCGCACCACUUGUUCGCGAACUCUGGCCGCCGAGCCGCGCUCCUUUCGAGUCGCAGACCCGGUGAAAACCGGGAACGCGUUCCGAAAGCGUUCCGAAAGCUGUUCGAACCAGCCGUGUGCUUUUCGACGGGGAUUCUUACCGAGCCGGGCCCUCGUCCUCGAGCGAAUCGCCUUGAAUUCAGGGGAAAGGAUCAAUCGGCGCGGUCCCAUGAUCCGCGGCGAAGGGAACCGAGUCAAGGUCGAAGUCCUUGUAUCGGCUUAAGAGAGAAAAAGAGAGAGAGAGAGAGAGAAGAAGAGAGAGAGGGGUGGGGAGAGGCGAGCGAACAACGAACCUCCGGAAAGUUUGAAAACUGUGCGCCGCUCCGGGAUUGUGAUCCGAUAAAAGCACUUUCUCCGUGACCUGGAAACGGGUCGCCGCGGUGAUCGCGGGAUCACGCUGUCGCCGAAGAUCGUGAAGACCCAGCGACCGGAUUCGCCCGUGGAAGGGGUUCGGUAAUCGAUAGAUCGAGGGGCCAGUCGCGAUGGAACAGAAGGUCGCCGUGGGAAGUUGAAGCAGCAAUUGAGAAGGAAACGCGUUGAAGAUCAUCUUGCGAGUUCUGUUGCGGAUCUGUGGCCGCGACGGCACCACCGGAGAGAUGACCGAGGACGAGAGACACGCGGAACCGGAGGCUACGGGGAUCCCGGCGGACACCGCGGAACGACAAGUCUCUCUCUACCCCAUCACGGUGGAGGAGAAGAGUCGCGGGGACGGGACAAGGCACGAGGCGCAGGACAAUGAGGCGGCGAAAACGAGCAAGAAGGAGAGCCAAGUCCAGAGAUUACAGCCGAUCGACACGCAAGCCGACAGAAAAGCGGAAACCACCGGGGACAGCGUGUCGGACUCGAUCAGCAAUCAAAGGUUGUACAAGAAACUGUCACCGAACAACAAGCUCACGCUGUACCUGCCCACCAGAGAUCUGAUAGUGAGCGAGACGAAGAUUGACAAGCUGUAUGGCGUGGUGGUGGUGGACCCUGACUACUUGCAGACCAAAAGCGUGUACGGCCAAAUUACGUUGACUUUUCGCUACGGCCGGGAGGACGAGGAGGUAAUGGGAUUGAAAUUCUGCAACGAGGUGGUGAUGUGUGUCGCCCAAUUGUACCCGCCGUACGGCGGAGCCGAACGCCUCGAGACGACGCCGCUUCAGGAGGCGAUCGUCAGGAAGCUCGGUCCCAACGCUCACGCUUUCACCAUGGUGAUCACCCCAUUAGCACCCCCGUCGGUGCAAUUGGUCCCGGCGAAGGAGUACAAUGGCGCGCCCAUAGGGAGCAGCUACGAUGUCCGGAUCUACGUGGCGGAGCAACCGGACGAGAAAUUGCAGCGAGGAACGACCGUCAGCAUGGGCAUCCGAGUUAUUCAACGAACUACCAAACCUCCACUGCCAGCGUGCACAGUGUACACCGUGCCGGUGUCUGAAAGCCCGUCAACGGACCCGAGAAGCCAGGUUUGCAAAACCAGAGUCUCGUUCGCGGAGAACGAGAUCGCCGAAGACCAGGAGAACAGCGGCUCGUACGCGGCGGUGGAGAAGCCGUUUCUGUUCGGCGACGGCCGCGUCCGUUUGGAAGGGAAGCUGGAUCGCGCGAUCUACGCCCACGGGGACUCGAUCGAGGUGCAGAUCCACGUGAUCAACAACAGUAGAAAGUCGGUGCGGAGGAUCAAGAUUUUCAUCGUGCAACACGUGGACGUGUGCAUGUUCAGCAACGGGAAGUUCAAGAACGUGGUGGCCCGGCUGUCGUCGCAGGAGGGCUGCCCGAUCGUGUCCGGCAGCGCCGUGAAGAGGACCUACACCCUCCGACCGAUGAAGGGCUCGACCAAGAAUUGGAUCGCGUUGGAGGACAGCUACACGAAGGCGGGCGCCAAUUUAGCCUCCACGGUCGUCUGCCCUGGAAGCUCGCCAGACGACAGGAACGUUUUCGCGAUUUACGUGUCGUACUACGUGAAGGUGAAGCUGCUGAUCUCGGCGAUGGGUGGCGAGGUGUCCCUGAAGCUGCCGUUCACGUUGAUGCACACGAACACGGACCCGGACCUGGUCGGGUUCCCGUCGCCUAUUGGCGAGCCGGCCAAGCUUUUGGGGAAGCCGAGCGACGAGCCGGCGGAGAGUCUCGACAGGUCCGAGGACAACGGUCAGCACAGGUACAAAGGCAGCAAGCUGGAGCCGAUCAAGGAGAAGUCGAAAGAGCUGAGGGACAUCGACGUGGAUCUGAUAGAGCGGUGCGAGGAGGGCGACAGCACCUGAGGGCAGGUGCAGACCGCCGAGGCAACGAGGUCGUCGUCGAGGAGCAACAGCGAGUCGAGGAACGUGAAGGCCGCGAACCACAAGAACUGCAAGCUUGGAUUCGACAUACACAGGGCUUGGUGCUGCUUCAGGAGGGCUUCUUAGUAAAAGCACGAGCCUAAUUUCACGACGCGAUAAGCGCGAGUGUAGGACUUCGCGGGUGAACUUCGCGACGAAGUCUCGCGUGUCACGCGCGUUUCGUCGCUGGUUUCCACGCGAAAUCCUUGUACAGCUCUUUGUCCGAGAAGGGAAGUUCACUGGGAGCUCGUGCUUCGCGAGAUCUAUGAUGUAACGUCGAUGGAUGUCGAUCUAACAGGCCACUGUUAUACCACUUUGCCAAUGAAACCAAGUAAAAUCGUUGCGAGUCACUCCCGUGCGGUUCCUUCUCACGAUAUUCCUACGGUGAAAGUUAUACUGCCCUUCCGAUUGCUCUGCAACAUGGAUCAGUGAUCCUGGAUCACACGCUGUGGAAUCUACUCAUCCUGACUCACUACGCGCGCACACACACAUACACUACAGACACGCACACAUAAUAUACACGGACAAGCGCAGCCACCCACCUCGGGAGUCAAUUGUACACACGGAAGAUGAUAUAUACAUAUUCUAUAUAUAUGUAUAUCUGAGAUCUAUUUUUUUAGCUGACGAUCGUCACGUAAUUUCUAGGUUUUUAUUUGUCUCGACGUGAAUGUUCUGUGUAACUAAGCUAAGCAUCCUCUAAGUCACUGUACCUUGUAGGAUAGUAACCAUUCGAUGGACGGAGAGAAGAAUCGUCUACACGCAGAGAUGUACAGGUCGUCUAUUUGUUAUUGAACAUAGUAAAGCUACCUGCAUACGAACGUGUAAAACAGUAUGCGUGGACUGCACGCCUAAUGUUGUGAACAGCUUGUGAACGAUUUACUAUUAAACGGGAAUUUUAUCAUAUGUA